AUGGAACCCGCAGACCCGGCCCGGGAGGCGGCUGCCAAGCUGUCGGAGGUGGUGGGCUCGGCGCUGCGGGAGCCCCGCAGGCAGCGCCGCCUCUUGCUGGUCAUCGUGUGUGUGGCGCUGUUCCUGGACAACAUGCUGUACAUGGUCAUCGUGCCCAUCGUGCCCGACUACAUCGCCCACAUGCGCGGGGGCAGCGAGAGCCCCACCCCGACCCCGGAGGUGGAGGUGUGGGUGCCCACCCUGCCGCCGCCCACUCCAGCCAACGCCAGUGCCAGCACCACGGCCAACAGCUCAGAGGCCCCGACGGCUGCGCAGCCCGCCGGGUCUGCCCUGCGGCCCCGCUAUCCCACGGAGAGCGAGGACGUGAAGAUCGGGGUGCUGUUUGCCUCCAAGGCCAUCCUGCAGCUCCUCGUGAACCCCCUCAGCGGGCCCUUCAUCGACCGCAUGAGCUACGACGUGCCGCUGCUCAUCGGCCUGGGCGUCAUGUUCGCCUCCACCGUCCUGUUCGCCUUCGCCGAGGACUACGCCACGCUCUUCGCGGCGCGCAGCCUGCAGGGCCUGGGCUCCGCCUUCGCGGACACGUCCGGCAUCGCCAUGAUCGCGGACAAGUACCCCGAGGAGCCCGAGCGCAGCCGCGCGCUGGGCGUGGCGCUGGCCUUCAUCAGCUUCGGGAGCCUCGUGGCGCCGCCCUUCGGGGGCAUCCUCUACGAGUUCGCGGGCAAGCGCGUGCCCUUCCUGGUGCUCGCCGCCGUGUCGCUGUUCGACGCGAUUUUGCUGCUGGUGGUGGCCAAGCCCUUCUCGGCCGCGGCGCGGGCGCGGGCCAACCUGCCGGUGGGCACGCCCAUCCACCACCUCAUGCUGGACCCGUACAUCGCCGUGGUGGCCGGCGCGCUCACCACUUGCAACAUCCCGCUCGCUUUCCUGGAACCUACCAUCGCCACGUGGAUGAAGCACACGAUGGCGGCGUCCGAGUGGGAGAUGGGCAUGGUCUGGCUGCCGGCCUUCGUGCCUCACGUGCUGGGCGUCUACCUCACCGUGCGCCUGGCGGCGCGCUACCCACACCUGCAGUGGCUCUACGGCGCGCUGGGGCUGGCGGUGAUCGGCGCCAGCUCGUGCGCGGUGCCUGUCUGCCGCUCCUUCGCGCCGCUCGUGGUCUCGCUCUGCGGCCUCUGCUUCGGCAUUGCGCUGGUCGACACGGCUCUGCUGCCCACGCUCGCCUUUCUCGUGGACGUGCGCCACGUUUCCGUCUACGGCAGCGUCUAUGCCAUCGCCGACAUCUCCUAUUCUGUGGCCUAUGCGCUCGGGCCCAUAGUGGCGGGCCAUAUCGUGCAUUCGCUCGGCUUCGGGCAGCUGAGCCUGGGCAUGGGCCUGGCCAAUCUGCUCUACGCGCCUGUCCUGCUGUUGCUGCGCAGGGUGGGCCUCAUGACGCGCUCCCGCUCCGAGCGCGAAGUGCUGCUCGACGAGCCGCCGCAGGGCCUGUACGACGCGGUGCGCCUGCGGGAGUGCCCGGUGUCCGACCCCGACAGCGCGCCUCGCAGCCCGCCUGGCCCGUUCGCCGAGUGCGAGGGCGACUACGCCGACUACUGCACCCGCAGCUAGCAGCCCCCUCCUCGCCCCACCGCCGCCGCUAGGGUCACAGCGGCUGCUCUGAGAGCGCACGGCCCGCUCAGCCUCAGGGCCUCCCCGCCAGCGAGCUCCCCGCGCAGGUCCCUGUCUUGACUUCCUCGGCCGCGUCCCCUCUCCACGGCCUUUUGUGUGUCCCUCUCCCUCUCCCCCAGUGGAGUGUGGCGCACUGCGGCAUGUGAGGCGAUGCGCUUCUUGCACAGAAGAGGCGUGCGGGCCUCUACCUCGGGGCCACCCUGUGUGGGGCUGUGUGUCUGUCUGUCCUCCCUUCCGUUCCUUGGCCCGCUGCACAGCGGAGCCUC